AUGAAUGAAGCGCUCGAGGCGGAGCUGCGAAAGACGCGGCUUACCAUCUACGCCAUUGUCGCCAGCUUUCAAGAACCGUCGACAUCAGGAAAGAUCCUUCGAGAAUACAGGGAAGAAUAUGGUGGCUUGACGCACGAGAAAUUUGGAUAUCAACAUUUGGAAAAGCUGCUCGACGACCACCCCCAACUCUUUCCAGCAAUUGAUUCGCAAGGAAGACGAGCGUACAAAGCCAAAGUGUCCGACAACGCUGCAUCGCAAGCUCUUCAAUUUCAAAUUCAGCGGCAAAAGAAGAAGAAGAAAAAGAGUAAUCGACGCGGUGGAUACAAUAGAGCGGCGCAUGGAGGAGGACGAGGGGCUAGCAUCUUCACAAAUGGUUCCCUAAAAAUCGACUCACUUUUGAACGCU